UAAACGAAGAAGACCAAUUUCCGGACUUCAGUUGAGUAAUUGUACUUGGGAAUGUUGUGGUCUGGUACUGUGUCCUGUCUGUCGCCGUUUUCCUUUAUUUCUUUAACCCUGCCGUGUUAGAUACGGUUUCUGUGCACUUGAUGGCGGUGUGCGCUCACGUCUCCACAGUCCGUUCACUUUACAAGAGAAUUUUGGUCCUGCACCGCUUCCUGCCCAUAGAGCUCCGAGCCCUUGGUGACCAAUAUGUGAAGGACGAGUUUAGAAGACAUAAGAGUGCAGGACCCAAGGAGGUCAAGAGCUUCAUGACAGAGUGGGAGAACUACAAGAACACUCUGCAGACUCAGGUUCUGGAGUCAGCUGGGGAAAGAUACAACUCAGUAAAGUUUGGAGACCACUUGUCACAGAAAAAGCUCAAUGAUUUCCAGGAUGAACAGAUUAGCCAACUGUAUGAACUCAUGGUGGAAUCCACCAAAUCCAAAAGACAGUUUGACAUACAAGAGGACAGGAAGUGAAGCUGCAGGCCAGAGAGCAGUGCUUGGACAGAAAGAAGACAAAAACAAACAACAUAUGACUAUGAUGAAUUUAAACCCGUGAGUGCUUUAAGUAAAGGGUGGUGCUCUAAGGAGUCUUUUAAGAAUAUUUGAUUACGUUAAAAUGCUGUGUACUAAUUCUGUGUUGCUUUGUGUGACCCUUUUUUGGUGCAAAUAAAAGUGAUGUCAUGCUC